UUGUGCUUGUGGUUGUUGUGAAUGAGGCGGUGUUCUCGUGACAUCGUUUUAGUGUUUGUCUUCAAAUUUACUAAUUAAAUAUAGGCUACAAUGUCGUCGAAAACUACGACAAAGAGGACAACUGUCACGUCCUCUUCUACAUCAGUGGGAGCUUCUACUUCUCAAGGGAGACCUUCCAGCCCUCUCAGCCCUACGCGGAUAAGCCGGCUCCAAGAGAAAAAUGACUUGAGUAAUUUAAACGAUCGAUUGGCGGUUUAUAUCGAUAAAGUCAGGCAUCUUGAAUCUGAAAAUGGGCGUUUGACUAGAGAAGUUCGCUCCUAUGAAGAAACAAAAACCCGGGAAAUCACCAACGUCAAGUCUAUGUAUGAAGGAGAACUUUCAGAUGCUAGAAAACUGCUGGAUGAACUUUCACGUGAAAAGGCUAAAUUGGAGCUUGAUUUACGUAGAAUGUUUGCUGAAAAUGAAGACCUGAAAAAUAAGAUGGACAAGAAGACUCAAGAUUACAUUCUGGCAGAGGCCACCAUCUCUGGCUUGGAGUCUCGGCUCAAUGAUCUGCAGAAGAACUACAACCAGUCACAGUCCGACAGGAAGAAGCUCAAUGAUGAGAACAAGAAAUUGGUGAAGGAAAACUCCUCACUGACCCUGCAGCUGGGAGAGAGCAAGAAGAUGGCUGAGGAGGAGAUCCUCAAGCGUGUGGAGGCCGAGAAUCAGCUGCAGACUGCUCGUGAGGAUCUUGACUUCAAGGAGAAGCUCUUCCAGAAGCAGAUGGUGGAGACUCACACUCAGCAGAAGCGUGAGAUCACGGAGAUUGACGGUCGAUUGGCUCAGGAGUACGAGGAGAGGUUGUACGCCAUGCUGCAGGAUGUGCGCAGGCAGUGCGAGGAGGAGCUGCGGCGCACCAAGGACGAGAGCAACGCUCUCUAUGAGGAGAAGAUUAACAGUUUGGAGCGACAACUGGACCGUAACAGCAACCAGGCGGCCAGUGCCAUAGAGGAGAUGCGCAAGAUGUCGGUGCGCCAAGAGGAGUGGCAGCGCAAGUUGUCUGACAUGGAGGCUGCCAAUGCUGCUCUCACGCUGCAAGUGCGUGACUUGGAGAAGCAGCUGGAGAAUGAGCGCAACCGACACAUGUUGGAGUCUUCCCGACAGGAACGUGAAUUGUCUCGCCUGCACGAAGAGAUGCAGCAGCGCAUGCAGGAAUACCAGGAUCUCAUGGACAUCAAGGUACAACUGGACCUGGAGAUAGCGGCCUAUCGCAAGCUCUUGGAGUCUGAGGAAGAGCGAUUGAACAUCACUCCAGUACAAGGUACGCCCGGGCGCCCGGCUAAUGUCUCCCGCUUGACCCCACUGCGCCGUGACACGCCAGCUCGCUCGGCCAAGCGCAAGCGCACUACUCUGCUGGAGGACAGUGAGACCAGCAGCCUCCAGGACUACACGAUCUCGUCCAGCUACAAGACUGACUUGGAGGUGGUGGAUGUUGAUCCUCAAGCCAAGUUUAUAAAGCUGCACAACAAAGGGAACAGGGAGCUGCUGGUGGGCAGGUGGCAAGUGAUGGCGAAGACCAGUGAUGAGUCAUGUUCAUUCAAGUUCCGAGCUAACUCCAAGGUGAAGGCAGGAGACACCGUGACUAUCUGGUCCCAGGACUCCGGACAAGACCAUGAGCCGCCCCACCACCUCGUCAUGUCGGGACAGCAGUGGACCGUGGCAGAUCAGAUGACCAUCCAGAUACUGAACCAGGCCGGAGACGAGGUGGGACUAGUGGAGAGGAAACGAACCCAGUUGUCUCUGAGCCGAUCCAGACAGAGUGGAACAGAGCUCUACCAUCAACAGGGCGACAGAGAGCAACCAGAAGAAAGGUGUGCCAUCAUGUAGACAAGUGCAAUCGCGCAUCAUUUAACUACACAGACUCAGUUUUAUUUGUUUCAAAAGGACUGGUUGCCGUUCAUGAAGAGGAGGCUGGACACGUUGUGGAUGUGAGGUGCUAUUGUUGUGUUCAACAGUUCCUGUUGUCAGUAGAUUACAAUACAUACAGUUCAUUUCAAACCUUCCAAAUCCAGUUAUUCACAUCCAGUUCUUUUCUCCUACCAUUUUAUAAACCGAUUGUAAUAAGACAUCACAAUGCAGUAAAGUCCAUUUUCGUCAUGAAAAGCCGGUACAUUUUCCACUAAUACACAAGAAUCCGGCUACUGUUUAUUAAUAUAGUUUUUGUUAAAGCUGAUCAACAAGCUAUCUUAGAUAUAUUUAGUUUUAUAGUUUUUCUAUCACUACAACCGGUGUUUAUGUUUUCCUUAUACAUAAUUCUUUUUAGUAGGUUUACUAUAUUUUGAUAUUUUCUUUGUGAUUUUGAUAUUUUUUAAAGAAAUUUUAAUUCUAUAUUUUAGGAUUAUAUUUUGUAUUAUGAAACACAUUUCUUUUGUUUUCAAACCAAAUAAUAAUCUAUUUGCAGUGCGGAAAUGAAAUCAAAAACCUCUUUCCAUUUCCUUAGGACUAGCUUUCUUAAGUUAACACAAUGCUUUAGUUUGUAAUGUUGGAGAGAAUAUUUCUCAUUACAAGAUUUUAUAUUUAUUGUAAUUAGUUUAAGUUGGAAGUUAAUUUAGUCAAUGUGAGAUUGUUAACCAGACUAAUGGCAUAGUCAAGCCUUGACUGAAAGUUUCUCGUACUGAUUAAUAGCAAAGUCAAGCCUUGACUGAAAGUUUCAUGUACUGACUAAUGGCAAAGUCAAGCCUUGACUGAAAGUUUCAUGUACUGACUAAUGGCAAAGUCAAGCCUUGACUGAAAGUUUCUCGUACUGAUUAAUAGCAAAGUCAAGCCUUGACUGAAAGUUUCAUGUACUGACUAAUGGCAAAGUCAAGCCUUGACUGAAAGUUUCACGUACUGACUAAUGGAAAAGUCAAGCCUUGACUGAAAGUUUCACGUACUGACUAAUGGAAAAGUCAAGCCUUGACUGAAAGUUUCACGUACUGACUAAUGGCAUAGUCAAGCCUUGACUGAAUGUUUCACAUACUGUUACAUUAUUUUUGUAGCGGACACUGACUGGGGAAGGUGUCAGCAGUGCUUUUAUUUGUAUCGCAUCUUUUAUUUUGUUUGUUCAACCUUGAAGUGCCUUUACAAAAAUAUUUGAAACCCCCACAAGAUAAUAUUACUUAGAAGCUGUUUAUUGACAUGCGUUUUUUUUUACAGAGAAAUAAAAAUAUGGUUUUAAUAUGUAUAUGGCAUUGAAAUCAUUUAGAGGAAAUAAUAAUUUGACUAUUCAUACAAUUUUGUAUACAGGACCUUUUAAGAUAAAUACUGAUACUGUUUAAUUGUAAUACCUAUAAGUAUCAAAAGAGUAAAGCCUUUUAAAAGUUUACAACCAAAAUCAAUUAUUUAAUUUUUUCCGAUAUUUAUAAUAAUUUUUUAUACAACUGUGCCAUGCUGUUUGUUAUGUUUUGUCUCCUCUAGCAUCAGUUUUUAUAUUGUCCUUUUUGCGUAUUAAUUUCUUAAUAAAUGCACGCUUAUAAAAUGUGACCAAAGUGCAAUAAGAUCUUGUGAAUCCUUAACUUGUUUGAAUAACUUAUGUACUAAUAAAUUUGUUUGAAAGUUUUUUAUACAAUUUUUUGUCAAUAUGAAUGUCAGUCACUUGUGAUUGUAAUUUAUGUAACUUACACUAACGUCAUUUUUAAAGUAUCAUAGUAAAAUGCAACCGUAGCAAUGCACGACACAAUUUUAUAAGUUAUUUUAUAAAAAGCACAGUUUGAUUUAAAAAUAUUGAUUUUAUUUAUUGUUUGGAAUGGGAUUAUGUAACUCGUGAUAGGAUUAGAAAUUUUGUUAUUUUUUCUAUAUGAUAAGUGCAUAUUUACUUGUAAAACCCUUUACAUUAGUGAUCUCUGUUUUGUAAAAUCAGUGUGCAUAUUUGAUCUUAGUAUUUAGUAGUAGUAUUUACAUCAACAUACAAGAAGUGCCUUCUUAAACUGAGACUUCGUUGGACUACAAUCUCAUAUUUGUUUUGGCAUCAAGACCGAUACAUUGUUUGUAUUAUAUUUCACUUUGUAUUGUAUUAUUCUUAUAUGGACUUGUUUCUUAUCAAAUGAAUCCCUUACGACACCUUCCCCUUAAGCGCACUAGUACACUCACUUUAAGAUCAUUUUUCAUUAUACAAUGGAUAGUUUCAUUCUUGGUAAGAGUUUUUUCUUAAUAUUCAUUACAUUGCAUUUUUACUUGUAUUUAUAAGAAAGAUCAUUAAAAAAGUGUUAAAAUACAUUGAGUUUUAUUUCCUAA